AUGGGCUCCGGAAGCUGCGACAAAUCGCAAACAUUAUCUCUGUCUGGUUCUCAUCCGCGGAAAAGUCACUCUUGUCUCAAUGGCUACUCGUCUAUGGAGCCUCUUCAGUGUUCCUACUCGCAUUUACACGUGGAUAAAUGAGUCAGUCAUGAAUAUUUCAAGCCGUAUUCUACCUGAUGAUCAGGACGACGACGACGACAAAAAAAGGCAGUUAUAUUCUAUGAAGAAUUUACUGCCUAAUAACAUCACCACCGAGGAGUUCAAAGCCCAUCUUGAUAGAUAUCCCAAUUAUAUUCGUGAUGUAUACCAGCGGGCUGAGAAAGAGCGGUUUGUGUCCAUACCGCAAAGGCUUGAAGAUCGGAAGAAGCGGUUCCUGACAAAGGAGGAGUUGAUAUAUUUAGACCAAUGGAUACAGAAACGCGGCACUGCGCUUAAAAAGGAGGCACACGUAGCUAAUGCGAAACAAAUAAAUAGAAACAGCGACGCCACGGUUAAGAAGCGUACCGAAGAAGCCUAUAAGCACUAUGACAAGACUGGAGACAUUAUUCAGACAUUUGAAAUUCUAAAGGAAUUACGAGGAGUCAGUUAUGCUAGAGCGUCUCUUUUGCUCUCGGUAGCAUACCCUGAGACCUUGCCCUUUUUUUCCCGACCCCUAUACCAAUGGACUCACUGGGAUAAGAAGAACGGCUGGGAGCAAGAAUUCACUUGGACAGAAGACACCUAUCACCAGGUACUUCAGAAAGUGAAGGACUUGAAAGACAAACACUCUAGAAAUGGUCUUAUGGUGAAGGCCAUUGAUGUCGAGAAGGUAGUAUUUGUGUUGAAGCACGAAACUUUGAUUAGGGCUCUCCGAAUCAAAAAGAUCAAGGAGUCUCUUACCAAAGACGAGAACAGGAUCAACGAUACGGGACAAGCAUUCGUUCAUAGAGUCCCGAGGAAAUGUCUAGGUAAGGGGGAUGGAAGUGUGGUCGUCAAAAGGAUACCCAAAACCCCGCAAGUUCUGAACUCUAGAAAUAGGUUCCUUGCGGAGGUAUCGUCUUCGCAUAUAUUAUCAAAGAAAAACCAAGAUUAUUUUGUUGAAUUCCUUGGAUGGAAUGAGGACAAGCAUAAUCUUUUCAUUGCAAUGGAAUACGUCGAAUACGGUAAUCUGGAACAGAACCUCGGGCGGGGUCCCUGGAAGGAGAAAGACAUCAAGGAAACGACAAGGCAACUACUGAAUGGUUUAAAAAUAAUGCAUGAUCACGGUAUUGUUCAUCGAGAUCUGAAGCCUCAGAAUAUCCUGGUCGUCUCUAAUUCACCAGGAAUGAUUCAGGUUAAAAUUACGGAUUUCGGGAUUUCGAAACGACUUUCCGACAGAAAAACUACAGUGCUAGCAACCGUUAAUAUCGGCACCCCAGGUUACAAAGCUCCAGAAGUGGUUCAACGUUGGGAUGUCGAGGACGGCCAGCAUCAAGUAGCUAACAUCGAUUCUCGGUACUCGUAUACCCACAAGGCGGACCUCUGGUCUCUUGGAUGCAUAAUCUUCAGAAUGGCCAAGGGGAAACCCUUGUUCGAUAGCGAUACUGAAGUACUCAAUGAAAAAAAGCUGAAACGUCGGGUUACAGCCGUCAACGGACUUCUGACAGAGAUGUCUCCAUCCAUGGGAACCGGUGGAGUUGGUUUUGUACAGAAAUUGAUUGUAGUUAAAGCUAGUUCCCGUUAUGAUGCAGACACAGCUCUAGAAGGAUUGGCUCAGUGGGUCAUAUCUGAUCACCGGCCGAGGAGUAGCCUACGAGAGAGGCGAUAGAUACCUAGGUAUCUAGUUUAUCGAUUUGAAUCAGAAACACGGAAUAAUUGGGAAUAGAGCUAGGCAAAAAACUCAUAUUUUAAUGAAACGAGUUUGUUAACUUUC